GAAUUCCAAAUGGCUGGCAGUAAGGCUGGGAAGGACUCCGGAAAGGCCAAGACAAAGGUGGUUUCCCGCUCGCAGAGGGCCGGCUUGCUGUUCCCAGUGGGCCUUAUUCAGCCACACCUAAAAUCUAGGACUAUCAGCCAUGGACGUGUGGGUGUGACUGCUGCAGUGUACAACACUGUGAUCCUGGAGUACCUCGCUGCUGAGGUACUUGAACUGGCAGGAAAUGCAUCAAAAGACUUAAAGGUAGAGCGUAUUAUUCCUCACCACUGGCAACUUGCUCUUCAUGGAGAUGAGGAAUUGGACUCUCUCAUCAAGGCUACAAUUACUGGUGGUGACGUUAUUCCAUACAUCCACAAAUCUCUGACUGGGAAGAAAAGACAACAGAAGACUGUCUAA